AUGAAUGUGCAUCAGAUUUUGACUGGAGCCCUUAACCGUGGUGGUGAGGUUUUCAGCGUUGGAGUGAUCGAUGGUCUUAGUUUUACGGCGUGCGCAGUUGGUACGAAUGUCGUGAUAUAUUCAUCUUCCUUCAAGCGUGUGCAAGUUAUUACACCUGCAAGUUGUGACGAAGGUUUACUAGUGAAAUGUGUAUCAGCUUGCUGUGAAACUGGAAAGAUUGUAGCAACUUAUAGCAGUGUGGUACGCGUUUAUGAACCGAUUAUGCGAACGGAAGAUGGGACUAACGGUUUUACGUACCAAUGGAUUGAAACAUCUAAUCUUCCCCUGAAGUACGCAGUGGAUAAGAUACAAUGGAGUUUGCAAGGCUUGCGACUAUUGAUAUGUUGUGGUGAUGUGCUUCACCUUUAUCAAAAUUUGCUUCUUUCUGCUGCUUUAGAUGUUAAACUGGAUACCGUAGCAUUCGGAGUAGUUGAAGAGGAAAAUGAACCGGAAAAUGAAAGAGUUUCGUCUUGGAAUUGUGUUUGGUCGCAGAAAUUAGCAGCAAAACCAAAGUUCAUGGCUAGUUCGCCUGAUGGAACUUAUUUUGCUACCUGUGGUGUUUCAGAUUGUCUGGUAAAGAUAUGGUUUCAGAGAGAAGAAUCUGGUGGUGUAGAGAAUAGUGAAAAUGGUCUUUCAUUUGGUUUCAGUUAUGUGCAGCACCCUCAACCAGUUACUGGUUUUGAAUGGCGGAAAAUUCCUCGUUAUAUGUCACGGCAAUAUGUUCAGAAUGCUUUGCUCACCUGGUGUGGAGACAAUACAGUUCGGAUUUGGAAAGAAUCUACUACCAUAUCUGUUGACUUCCAGACUGUUAUUAGUACAGCGGAGGUGAUAUGUAUCGAAAAAAGUCUCACGGGAGAACGUUGCUCCAAAAAACAUUCACUUCGAAGUACUCGGGCAAAAAUCAAAACCUUUCUUAAGAAAAUUAUGGAGAGAAAGGCACUUGCAGGUGAAUUAAUGCAGCCAACAAGAUCAUGUGUGUUCAGAAACGCUUCAUUAUGCGAGAUUGCUUCAGGCAACCAGACUGACUCUAGUCCUGUAUUCUAUCUAUGCACUACUAUAAAUGCUCAAAAUGAUUGUCUUUUGGUUCCAUCUUUGGGAACUUCCUCUGAACAAAGACCGUUUAUGAUUCACUGGUUAAACAAUAAAGAGAUUGUUUAUGACACUGGCAUUGAAAGAAUUAUGGUAGAAGCUCUGAUCAGUGAUUGUUCUGCACAACCGAAUGAAAUUGAAAAUUCAAUUAGAAAAAGUGUGCUGUCGAUGCAAAAUUUGUUCACUGAAUCCAUACAUAAUAUUGACGAUGCUAAAGUGACAUCAACUGGUUCUAUGGACCAUGAAGAUGUAUUCAUGGACGGAACACUUGCCAAUAAUUUCAACGAUGCAACCGGGACUUUUUCUAAUGAUACUACAUCAUCGAAAGAUCCUCUGGAUUUAAAAUUAAAUAUCCUUAUACGAGAAUGGAAAAAGUCUACUGACGUUUUGUUUGCUGUGCAUCCUGUUGAUGGCAGCUUGCUAACCUGGACAGUCGAAUGGCUUGAUGAUCCGUUGCGACAACCUGCCAUUAGUUUCACUUCAAGGUUCCCAUCUGCAUUUUCACUUUCAGAUGCGACGUCAUUAAAUCCUUCGCUGAGUGUGUAUUACCCACACAAUUUUCUUCAUGAACAAUUUGCUGAAAAUUGCUCUUCGGAUGGGGUUUCACAAAUAUUUGAACGAAGAAGUACAAAUUUGCUCUAUCUACUGACUCAUCAUAACAACGGAUCUUUAAAUUUGUGGAAUUUGACAUUUGAAGAUAAUGGCAAAUUUAAUACGGUUGUUAAUAUAUCACAUGCUUCAAGAAUGUGUGGGCACCGUUACAAAAUUUCGCAGGUCAUUGCUCAUCCGGUGCUUCCUCUUGUACUUACAACUAGCCAUUACAAUUACAUAACACAGGACACUGAAGAAUCGGGAAAGGCUGAAUUGAUAUUAUGGAAGAUAAAUCCUGUUGGGCCGCUGUGUAAAUGUGGUGGCGUUCGGGAAUUGGCACGACUGACAAGCAAUUCAUCUGAUGCGUUUACAGCCGUUACAUGGUUGCCAGUGAUUUUGUCAAGUUCAUUGUUGGGGUGGUUGUCGACUUCACCUUGCUCCUCCUUUGUUGCUAACAGUUCUGGACAUAUCAACAUUUACGAAGCUAUCGUUGAUGCUGCGGAAUUUCUCACUGAUAUACAUACUUCUGGAAGAAGAGAUGUCUCUCAUUUUGAAAGCAGCUGCUCGACCAGUGAUGGAAAGACCUUUGACAUCCGAAAUAAAGAAAGUAUGAAGAAAAUGUGUAAAGUUGUUUCGACGCAGUCAUCGACAAAGCCUGGUUGCAUAAUUUUGUUGUCGAGUAUUAAUGCUGCCUCGUGUGCAGACAAAAUUCUACUUAUUCAUGCUUUCAACGAACGUUUGCUAGUUGCGAAAGACGACGUUUCCGGUGCUACUGGUACAUCGCAAAAUUUAGCUACUGAACAAACAAACAUUAAUCGUUGUUAUUUGGUGUUAUUUGAAAAAGAGAAAGAUUCUUUUACAAGGUUACGUAUGUGGUUGAUUAAUAUUGCUGUUAGUAAUUUGGAAGAUUUAGAAAACCUGCUUGCAAUGAAUUCAUCAGGUUUAAUCAGUGUGAAAAACGGAAACGAGGAUUCUUUGAACAAAUUCCAGCUCAGUACUGAUCUAGUUUACGAUGAUCAUGUUGUACUGCCAGAUGGUGUUUCUGUGAUUUUGGUGGAGCCAUCAUCAGGUCAUCUGCCAUCGUCAAAUCUUUACCCCACAUACAGGGCACCUUAUCUUGUUCUUUUGGCAUGCAGCGAUGAAAAUGUCCGAUUUUAUGAAUGCUUGAGAAUUACUGAAAGUAAUGAAUCAAUUUGUUAUAAAUGGAAGAUGUGGAGAAUGAUUAGCAAUACCGCGGAUUCGAAUAUAGAGAUGGACGGUCAAAUAUAUUCGAUAUCAGCGGCUCACAGCAGUCGAUUUGCUUGUGCCUACCUUCCCGAAGGCAUGUCUUGUGCAACUUCAUCGAUAAGUAGCGUCAAAGUUGGUGUGUUUGAAUGUGAAUCAUCGGGUGGUGUUGAAUGGCUUCGUGAGGAUACAAUCACUGUUAGCCUUCGGCACAAAAUGAGUAAGGACCUAGCCGAGAACUACCUCAGGGAAUCAGACACAGUCAUUUCAGAAUUUUGUACAGAGAUGCCAGUUAAUAAUGUGUGUCUGAAAUGGGUUUCUGCUGAAAAUGGUUCACAUAUUCUUACGGUGGCAUUGGGUACAUAUAUUUUUUUAUAUACCCAAGUAUCCCAGGGUGCCGCACAAAGAAAUAUUGUAAUGAUGAAAGAACAUGACACACAUCGUCGAGGCCCUUUGAGAAAGGCUUCUUCACUUGCGAAUCCGGAAACCGUAUCAACUCGUUUGGUGCGGUGGCUUUGCAUACGGUUUUUAGAGCUAAAAUCAGCUGAUGGUUUGCCACCGUUGCCAACAACAUUAGGUUGGGUUCGUGACGGCUUAUUAAUUAUCGGUAUGCAAAGUGAAAUGCGUUGUUAUAAUCAGUGGAAUUUCCAAGCGGAGUUUCCUAAAAAUGAAAAAGUGGCAGAAGUUACUGAAGAUCUUUCUAGAGCUAAAUCAUCUAGCCAUCUUGCGCUUGAUGGUUUGAGUAUCUCUUCACAUUCUAGCUUGGAUCAGUUAUUAAAGAAGUCUAAGCAAGAUUCCGUCUCUUUGAACAAGCAGAAACUGUACAAGGAUUUGCUACAGAGGAUGUAUUCGGUACCUUAUGAUUUGCAAACAUUGCUUCUGAAAGACGUGCAUGUACUUGAAGCUAUUAGCGAAGAAGGUUUAUUCGAAGCUGCGCGUUUGGCAAGUCCCAUUUUGCCGCAGUAUCAUCCAAAGUUGCUUAUUGAGCUACUUAAUUCUGGUAGGACACAUGUGGUCAAAGCAAUAUUAUUGCAUGUUCUGAAAAGUUUAAAGCAGUUACAUAUUUCAAUAGCAAAUCCGUUGUCACGAGCUUCUUCAAUACGUAAAAUGUCACUUACAAGUGGAGACUUGAAAAUGGAAGGUUCUGGACAAGAUGCAACCCGAGGACUUUCCGAUACCUUUGAUGACUCAAAUUUGGAAUAUGAUGAGCUUGACGGCAUUCCACCAUUACCGCUUUAUCUCCUUUUAUCUGCUGGUGAUCCGUUUUCAGUGGCCAAAGUGAAAACAUCUGAAAUACCACAAGAUGACAAUCUAGAUGGUUCAUUAGAUAUGGAUAGUGAACCGAAAAAAUCACGUCAAAACUCAUUUUCUAUGGAUAGUGCACAUGCAGUUUUUGUUUCAACAAGCUUUACCGCAAGACACAAUCGUUUAUUGACAGAAUUUCUUACCCAUACUCAUUUACCAGGUUUGUCAAGUGUUGAUCAAAUGCAUCUUCUGGCAGUUGCGGAUACAUUAAGUCAUUUCUCAUCGGAUAUUACGGAUAAAUCGGCGCAAGCAAACGCAGCUUUUCAAAUAACUCAGACGCGGAUCAUGAACGAUGCAACAAGUGGAUAUGCUACACCUAUUGCUGGAUUUGAAACUAUUGACGAGUGUGGAUUAAGAUAUUUGAUGGCCAUGAAACAACACGAGUAUUUGUUAUUGUGUCUACCGCUGCAACAAAAGCAUAGCCUUCGUUCAAGAGGACUUUCACCAUCGCAGAUUAUUUGGGCUUUGCAUUCUGAAACAGAGACUGAAUUGUUGAAUGCAAUUCCAUGUCUGCAGAAACCCACUUUGUCAUGGGAAGAAUUGCGAGCUUUAGGAGUUGCUUGGUGGUUAAAAAGCACUGCGUCACUGCGUGCAAUCAUUGAAAAACUAGCAAAAGCAGCUUUUCAAAAGAAUCAAGAUCCACUGGAUGCAUGCCUUUAUUAUCUCCUGCUGAAGAAGAAAAAUCUAUUAGCUCAUUUGUUCAAGACCGUUAAGGACAAUAGAAUGUUGGAUUUCUUCAUGCACGAUUUCAAUGAAGAAAGAUGGAAGAAAGCAGCAUUAAAGAACGCUUUUGUGCUGAUGGGGAAGCAGCGAUUUCAACAUGCCGCUGCAUUCUUCUUAUUAGCUGGAUCAGUUAAAGAUGCCAUACAGAUAGUAUUGAAGAAACUACAAGAUUUGCAACUUGCAAUAAUUAUAGUUCGUCUUUGUGAAAGAGAGUGCGAAGAGCAGGGUAAUUUACUUGGGGAGUUGCUUUGUAAAGAAAUUUUCGGUAUGGAAAUUACGGAUGUAAAAGAUUUUGAUGUCACACCUGGAGCGAACCGAAAUCCUUUCGUACGUUCAAUGGCUUACUGGCAUCUAAAGGAAUACGUUCGAGCAGCAAACACUUUGGUUGAUGAAGCAGGUUGUGUUCAUUUGGAUGCUUCAAUGGAGUAUUCCUUACCAGAUAUAUUCAACUUCUAUUCAUUUAUACGCAUCCACCACUUAGUUAUUCGACAAAGGCUUAUAAAUGCUGGGAUUCAGGUAAGUUCGACUGAAAAGUUCUUGGCAGUUGUAAAGCAUCUUUCAUCAGUUAUUACACCGUCUGAGCGAAGAUUGUAUUUCCGAACUGCAAGCGUUCAUAUGGCAUCAGGAUGUCCCUUACUUGCACUUGAUGUAUUAGCGCGCUUACCAAAAAAUCUCACUGUAGUAGAAUCGGUAUCUCUGUCACCCGAAAUUAAUAAACACGUUAGACUAAAGUUGUCAGAAAAUGAUUCGUGGGAUAAUCAGUCAGAUACCAUCGACUGGAGUGUACCAGUAUCAUCUGCUCAUGCAGUUGAAUUAAAUGCGCAAUUAAAUGACUUGAAAACAGAAGAUGAAGGUGUGGUACAAAAGGAAAACAUGGCAGAAGUUAUUUCGGACGUUUCUAAUAGAGCAAGUGAGAAUGAUGCGACACUAGAUGUCAUUGCGCAGCAUAUGAAGUUCACUGCGUCAUUACGACUUCUUCUUGAAGAGUUAUCUACUCUUGCAAGCGCUUUCGAGGUAGAUGGCGGACAGCUAAGAUUUCAAUUACUUAAUUGGUUGGAGGCAGGCGUAAGUGUGCUGCAGAAGAUAUGUGGUUAUCGUAAUGACUGUAAUAGCUUGAAGCUUGAUAUUACUGAGAAUGAAGAAUUCAACGAUAAUGUAAUUAGUAGUAUGAUACUUCACAAGACUGUUCAUAUGGAUAGAGAAGAGAUAUCAACUCGGUGUCACCACGUAUUAAAUCGUCGACGGUGGUUACGUACUAAUCAGAAAUUGGUGCAUACUUUUAUAUCUUACUGCACUUUGCAUAAUUCGCAAAGUCAUCGCUUAACUGCUGCGUUGAUGGAAUUUCUUUUAUUACAAAUGGAAGUACAGCAAGAUUGUGGACCAAAGCUCUUCGUUAGUGAAUCUUUACCAGCACAUUCGUUUCCGCUUUUUGUUGCAUCAGUUUCACAAUGGGAAAUGUUUGCUCCAUCUCCACUCAGUUUUAUCAAAAGGCUGUGUUCUGAUAUUUUGCUGUCACUUGUCGAUCUUUCUGAGCCUCCGCAAAUCGAGAGCUCUUUGACUUUGACUAAAAUCUAUAAAGUAUAUAGCUUAUGUCAGGGAUUAUCUUCAUGCUUAUACCAAUCACUUUGCAAUGUCGGUAAUAUUUGUGAAAGCAGUCACGGAGUUUUGGCGAGGUUACCAGGGGUAGCUGCAGCAAACGAAGAUUUGCAAGUGACGACAUUACCUUCGAAAUGGCCAGGAGUGGAUAAUUUACUGAUUAUUUUAAGCCGAGAAAAAAAUGAAGAAACUCCACAACUUCGACUACUUGUGCUUGAAACUUACGUUGCAGUCUUUGCAUCUCUUUUCACGUAUGCACUUGCUACUUAUGAUGCUAGAUGGUUAUUGCGAUUAACAGCUCGUAAUAUUGGUGCGAAAGAAUUUGGCACUUUGUUUGGUGGAGGUGGAGGGAAAAUGCAAAAAGUAGCUCCGUCAAAAACUCCUGGCUCACUCGUUAAAUGGGCGACUACAGUGCCAAGUUGUUUUUCUUCCAAUCAAACUCAUAUAAAACCUGACAAAAAUUAUCUCUCAGCAGAUUCUUCGUCAUUUCGAGCUAAUUGCAACACUGAGGUGAUUGGAGUUGAAGCAGCGAUUCCAUCUUCCGUCGGUUUUUCAGCAAAUAAUUCGAGAUCUUUAGAAGAACAUGUUUCUUUUGAGUGGAUACCACCGAAGAAAAGUAUGGUGCAGUUUUUUGCUGAAAAGCCAGAUUUACCUGAAAUCGUAAAUGAGUGUUAUGAUUCGGACGAAGAGCAUCAUGAAUCAGUAAUUGAAUUAGAAGAACUACACAAAAAACAGCACAUUGAUUCAGAAGGAUUUGCUUGGUGGCUUUUACGUCUAGCUUUGACCCAUCAGCAGUUGUAUCGAAUGAAAUCCUUUUUGCAACUUGCUGGCUUAGAAUAUUCAGAACUGCCAGCCUUAUCGCCUCGUGCAAAUGCUGUCUUCAAACUUAUCGAGAAUUGGGCGAAACAACUUGAAGACCACUUGUGUACAAUGUUUGAUGGAUGCCCGUCUGACUUGCUUCCAGACUUAUCUAUUAGAAAAGAUGAUAACGAAUCACCUCUGAAUAAAUACGCUGUCUUAAUGGAAACAAAUAAUACACCUUUCGAAUAUGCAGAUCUAUCCGUAUUGCCGGUAAAAAGAAUCUGGCUUUAUCUGAUUCGUCAGGAUCAUAUUUUGCCCCUUUUCAUUAAGCAUAUAUUUGGCUUCGCCGAUCAGCAGAACGAGAGUUUUCUUCGGGAAGGUGUAGGCGAAUUGGAAAGCAGUGAUGCCGUAAAUGUGUUCAAAAUUGUGCAGCGAGAGCAUGAGCCAAUAGCAGCAUUUUGUUGCAGUGAGGUGAGACCUGGUUGGUUAGUAGUUUCAAAUACACGAGAAUUACAAGAAAUGGAUAUUACGGCGUUGCUUAACGAUGCGAAAAAUUUAAAGCUUUCUGCUUGGUUGUUUAAUCGAACAGAACUUGAUGUUGCACUUGAUGGAACAAAAAGGGAUGUGUUUAAGGAUAACGAUGAUUAUCAAUUAAUAACUGAAAAUGGACAACAAACCACUUCCGUAAAUACAAUGACUCCAUUUAUUGUUGAUAGAAGCCGAAAGGCUCUGAUAAAGAUGUAUAAAAGACAAGUUAAUGGAAUACGGCGGCUUGAUUCUCAUCCAACAAUGCCUUAUUAUGUAAGUGGCUCGUCGGAUGGCUCAAUACGAUUAUGGGAGUGGGGUGUUGGGCAGCCUUUUUUUACACCUCGAAUAGCUGGACAAUAUGCCAAAGUCACGAAAGUGUUGUUUUGCUGUAAUGGAAGCAAAUUUGCGUCUGUUGACAACGAUGGAAUAUUAUGUUUGUGGCAGGCAACUCCAGGAUUGCCAGUGAAGAAGCCAUUUUUUAAUCAGAAAUGCCAUUCUAAAUCUGCAGCAGAUGUUCGAUUUCUGGGUUCCGCUUCUUCUGUUUUGGUUACUGCUGGUCUAAGUUUAUCAGACGAAAACAUUAGUCUUUGGGACACCCUUAUGCCACAGUCAAAAGCACUAAUCCAUUCAUGGACAGCACACCCUGAAGGGGCAACUUCUGUGAUGUAUUUGUCAUCAUGUCAGACUAUAGUAUCUGGUGGACGACAUGGAGAAUUGUGUGUAUGGGAUGUUCGACAACGUCGAUUACGUAGUACCAUGAAAUGUUUCGAAAAUUCUUCUGUCAAAUGUCUUGCGUGCGAUCCAUUUCAGCAGAUCAUUGUUGCUGGGUCGAAUGAUGGGGAUAUAAAGGUCUGGAAUACUGAUCUUGUGCCGAACCUUGUGGCUUCGCUUGACGGUGAACAUGUUGCUCGAGGAGGAUUCAGCUUGCGUCAGGUGGCUUCAGUAGUACAAGGGGUGCAGCAACUCUAUGUUGAUCCAGAAGUUCGUCUUUUUUCAUGUGGUGCCGACUGUUCACUAAAAAUACGUUCUUUACAUGCUGUAACCUGA